AUGUUGCCCGAAGAAAAAUAUAUUCGGAAAGUKAUCCAAGGAUGUUUCGAACUGGGAGUGCAAGUCUCCGAAGAAUUAGCAUCAGUAUUUUUUAAAUGCUKGUUGUUAAAUCCCAACGCGAGGAACUCACAAAAAAAGUCAUUAAAUAAUACAAUGGACAGAAUUGUAGACCAAUGUAUUCAGCGAUUAUCUGUUCCCAAGGACCCAACUUUAUUAUGCAUUAAAAUGCAAUUGCUCAUUGAGCACGACUAUAAAAACAGAGAAUUUAUCAUAAAUAAARUUAAUGAAGAAAAUGAUMAAAAAAUGAGACCAUUAUUGAAUGACAUUUUAGAUAACGUGGACCAGACGGUCCACACAACGAGCACGCACUAUCAGAAAAUAAUACAGUAUAUCAUUUUAUCCAACUAUAUGGGAGAUCCGACUUCACCAAUACUCAUUCAAGAAAUUUCUGAAGCAUUAAAUAACGUUUUGAAUCGAACAAGAUCAUCAGAAUAUGAAAACCAAUUACCAUCUUUAAAAUUAAAUCAAUUGAAAGAAAUAUCAAACUUGGUAUGUGGCAUUUGGCUAUACAAUAUGGAUCGUAAAGAUGUUAGAGAAGAAACGUUGGAUAUGAUAGAUACACUUCCCAAUGCUGUUGACUUGCUUCUACAAAACAUCGAUCAACAGAUAAAAGAUAGUAUUAAGAAAGUGAUGAUGACAACUGCAUGGAUACUUCAAUGUUAUAAAUUGUACACUGAGAUUUUAGCUCCAAUAUUUGUUAUACGGAUAAAUUUUGCAACUGUUACAACAAAAAAACUGAACGAAUAUAAAACUGUAUUGGUAUUUUAUCUACAGUACCAGAAAAAUUUAGAAAAAAUCAAAAAAGAUUUAAAUAAAUUAAAAAUUGAAUUGCCCGCAUUACUUAUAAAUUUCAAAAUAACAUUGAAAGAAAUAAAAAAAAUGAAAAAUACCAAAAUCUUUGGUGAGGAUUCAGAUGAUACAAUUUUUCCAAAACUCAAUAAUGUAACAGUUAUUUGGUGUGAAAUUAGAGGAAUAAUGAAUCAUCUGACCAUUACAUGUAGUUUGAUAUCGACCAUGAAACAAUGGACAAAUGAAAUAAUUAAUAUUAGUGAGGAUAUUGAUAAUAUUUCGAUCAUAGAUACAACUCUAACUGAUAGUGAAGAACUGCAUAAAAUAAUUGAAACAUAUCCGUUACAUCCAAUGUGUGAAUGGCAUUCACCUUCAAUCAGCACAGAUGAUAGAAGGGACUUAUUUGCAGAUGGAUAUUGUGUGGUUAUGAUAGUAGAAACUGAAGGAACAUUAAUAAAACAUGAUAAAAAUGUUGGUACAAUACAAUAUUUGGAUAAAUGGUUUGGCUUUGCGAAUAUUCAAGCAGUACUACAUUUUGGUACUAAACCAACAUACUAUUUGAAUCACUUCUUAAACUUAAUGAAGUCUAAAACACAUUUAUUAUCAUUUUUCCACUUAUAUGAACAAAUGGCAGAAGUGCAACACAAUUCCAAUGAACUAAUGAGCGAAAAGGACAAAUAUAAGGAUGCACAAGUGCAAACAGCAUUUUAUCCUCACAACACAAGUGCAAUAAAUAAAAACAUCUGUAAUAAAAAUGAAAUAAAAAAAUGUAUGAAUAAGAAAGUAAUUGACACUAUCAAUAAAACGUCAAAAGUAGCAACUCGAAGUGCACAAACUAUAGAUGUCUACAAAUCAGUUCAAGUGCAAACUAAAUUAUGUGAUGUUGGCAGUAACACAAUGAGUGAAAAAGCUACCAACACAAACCAGUCAAUUUCUUAUUCCUCCAUAAGAUUUAAAAACACGCCUUAUGCAGCUGUUGAGUAUGAUGAUAUACAGUUUUUGUGCUCAACAACAACAGUAAGGCCCACUAACAAUUGUCUAACAAAAUUCAAAAAUUGAAACAACAUCAUAGGCAUUAAAUUAUUAUUAUUCAAUUAUAAAUUAAUUAUAA